AUGGAAUAUAAAUUAGAGUUUUUGAGCUAUUUGCUUAUUUUUAAAAAGAAAAAUGAAAGAAUAUCUAAAUUUGAUGAACAAAUAAAAACGUGUAUUAAUAUAUUUGAAAAAAUGGUAGUUGAUGAAAAAGACUUGAUAUAUUUGUUUGAAAAAAAUAUAUUAGAUAUGAAUCCAUGUAUUCGCUCAUUAUGCUGGAAAUUGGCAUUAAAACAUCUUAGUUUAAAUACGAAGAAAUGGAAUGAAGAACUUAUUGAAAAGAAGAAAUUGUAUGAAGAUUAUAUAAAAUGUUUUGUAAUAAAUCCUUUGAGAUGUAGUUAUAGUAAUGAUGUAUAUGAAGAAGAAAAAAAAGAGAAUGCUUCAACAAAAUUAAAUGAGGAAUCGGAAACGAACAUAAUAAAUUCCGAAUUAUUCAGUCAAAUUAAUAAAGAUACAUUUAGAACUAGACCAGAAUUAUCAUUUUUCAAUUUAAAUCCGCAACAAACUAUUAAUAAUAAUAUUAAAAUUUUGAACAGCUUAAUUAACGUAGAAAAUUAUGAAGAAGAUAAUGAAGAAAUACCAUUCUUAGUUAACAUAAAUAGUAACAACAAUACAAACUUAAGUAGUAGCACGAACAACUUGAAUAACAAUGAAAACAACUCUCAUUUUUACGAUAUAUAUACAAAUAAAGAGAAAAAUAGUAUAGCAAGUACUGUUAAUAAAAAUGAAAAGGCAGUGGACAACAUGAUAAAUAUUUCAACAGAUGUUAAUAAAGACAGAACGCCAAAUUUUGAGAUAAACAGUCAGAGAUCUAAUGAGAAAAUAACAGACAUGCAUAUUUUAAAAAGUACUGAACCUAAUCCAACUGAUGAAGUUAAUUUAUUAGUAUACAAAGAGGAUAAUAAUUUAUAUAUGGAACAAAAAAGGAAUCAUGUUGAAUUUUUAUCAACAGAAAGCACAUCACAAAAUCUGCACAUAGGAAUAACAAACCAAUCAUCAGAACAUUGUGUUACUUCGAAAAAUUACGAAAAAUAUGUAAACCAUUUUUCCGAUGUUUGUGAUAUAGUUAAUCCGAGAAGACAUUACGAUUUACUAUGUAGGAUAUUAUUUAUAUAUGCUAAAAUUCAUCCAUAUGUUAAAUAUGUUCAAGGCAUGAAUGAAAUUUUGGCGCCUCUAUAUUUUAUUAUUUUUAAUGAUCCAUUAUGUAACUGUUCAUUACAAGGGGAAGCUGAUACAUUUUUUUGUUUUAUUGAAUUGAUGCAAAGACAAAGAGAUGUUUUUUGUGAAGGGUUAGAUAAUACUGAUGACGGUAUAAACGGAAAACUUAAAAAAUUUUCUCUUUUACUAAGAAUAAAAGAAUACGAAAUAUGGAAGAAAUUAUAUAUUCUUAAAAUAGAAACUCAGUAUUAUGCUUUAAAAUGGGUUCUAUUAUUAUUAACACAAGAAUUUGAUAUGGCAGAUACUAUUAUAUUAUAUGAUCAUUUUAUUAUUAAUAAUAAUGAAAAUUUUAUUUUGUACAUUUGUUUGGUUAUUUGUAUGAAGCUAAAAAGCUCCCUACUAUGCGGUAAUUUCAGUGUUAAUCUAAAACUUCUUCAAAAUAUUCCACCUUUUGAUCCAUAUGACAUUAUUUAUGAAGCUAAGAAUUUAAUGAACAAUGAUUUAAAACAAAAUUUUAACAUUACUGAUAUUUAUAAUAACUAUAUUUGUGAAAAGAAAAGAAAAAACUCUUUGGAAUCUUUAAAAAGUGAUAACACAGUUGAUGUAUCAUCGUCUUCUGAAAAUUUGUCGAACAUGUACGAUUGUAGCAUCAGCAGUAAUAGGAGAGGAACUCUACUUAACAACCUACGAAAUAAAUCCAUUGUACAAAACAUUAAGAACUAUAUUAGCAAUAAAAUAGAUACAAGCAAAGCGUUUGAUGAGGAUCUGGAUUUUGAUCAUUUGUAA